UACACACCUUACAGUUGCCAUGAAUCUCAUAUUGCCUUUUCUAUUGCUGAUUUUCCUCUUCUGUGCAGUGAACAAUGCUGUGGAGCUGGAGCAGAAGUUCUUAAUAACUAAACCUGUUAACAAGCUUACCAAGAUAGAAUGUACCUUCCCUUCAGAGUGUGGAUAUUACAUUCACUGGUAUCAGAAGAAAGAUGAUGAACCUUUCAAAAGAGUUCAAUAUGUGAACAUCAAUAGUGCAUCUCACAGUAAUGACCCUGGCUUUGGGUACUUACAAUCAGAGAAGACAGCAAGCAAUAAGUUUGUACUGAUAAUCCCCAAUGUACAACCUGAGCACUCAGCAACAUAUUAUUGUGCCUGUUGGGUGUGGGGCACAGUGAGAUUAAAACUACAAGUCCUGUACAAAAACUCUUCUGCACUGCACCUACCAUCAUACAGCUUCUUUGUUAAUGAGGACCAAAUGGAGGAUGGUGCCAAUGGUGUCAUUUGUCAAGUGGCUGUUGAUCCACAUGGGGUUCAGUUGCGGUGUGACAAGUUCUACGAUGGAUACUACUACGGCUACUAUAACAAGAUAUUUGGAUCUGGAACUCGUCUUAUCGUCACUGAUUCAGACACUGGGAAGAACCAGGUUAAAAGACCUCAAGUGUCCGUGUUCCCAGUGUCCAACCUACAAGAAAAUGGAAAGGCUGUUAUGCUGUGCCAGGCGAAGUGCAUGUUCCCAGACCUGGUGAAAUUCACGUGGCAAGCAGAAGAUCGGAGUGGAAGAAAAGUGGAGCUUAAAGAUACGGAGCAACUGGAGCAGAGCGAUGAAGAUCAAAUCCAGAUAACCAGCAUGCUCAUUGUAGACAUUCACAAAGCCAUGAAUAAUAAGUUCAUCUGCUCUGUUCAACAUGACAGCAGCUUUGAUGUCCAGAGAUUCGUCAUUCCAAGAGCAUUUGAGCUCAGUCACAAUCUCUACCUGUUCAGUAUGUCGUAUGUGAUACUGCUGGUGAAGAAUGUGCUUUAUUUCUGCAUCCUGUCCGUCUUGCUGUCCAAGACAAACCAGGUGAACAAGGAGAUGGUCAAGAGAAAAGCUAAACGAACAGUCCAUAAGCCAAAACAACCAAGACGCCCAUGAUUUCCAUUAAUUUGCUUUGGAGUAGAAUUUGUAUUAGUACCUGCUUUAUAUCCUCUUUUUUAUUGAGUACUGAAAACUUCAGUGAUUUUAAUAAUCUGUAUUUCAAAUAGACAUCUGUCUUUAUGCGUUCACUGUUAAACUGUUAUACUUCCCUUUUUCUGUGCAUUUUUAUUUUAGUAGUCU